AUAAAUCUAAAUUAAAUUGUUUAUAUGUUAUUUCAGGUUCAUUCCUCUGCGGCUGUGGACCCAUCUCCUGCACCGGGCCCCACUCAAGAGAUCGUUGAGGAGCCAGCUCAGGAGCCCUCUCACCAGGCAUCUCAGGAGGCCGUCGACACACAGGUUCAUUCCUCUGCGCCUGUGGACCCAUCACCUGAUGAGAUUGACGAGGAGCCAUGUUAUGAACCAGCCCCACCGCCCACCGUCGUUUCUCAUAGAAAGCAUGUUAUGAACCGGCGUCCGGGUCGAAAGAAGGGAAGGAAGGGAAGCAAGGAUGAUCAUGCCAUAGAGCAUAUACAGAUUAAGAGGAGGAAAAGGGAUGGAGAUGAUGGUGGUGGUGGUUAG